AUGACAAUAUGGGACCAAUUCUGCGACACGCCUGGAAAAAUCAGAGACGGAGCCCAUGUCAACAGGACGUGUAAUCAUCUGGCCAUGUACAAGGAGGACAUUGCGAUGAUGAGAGCGCUCGGUGCAAAUUCCUAUCGCUUCUCUAUAGCAUGGCCGCGGGUUAUCCCCCUGGGCGGUAAGGAGGAUCCAGUGAACGAGAAAGGCGUCAAAUUCUACAAUGAUGUCAUUGACGAGUGUUUGAAGCAUGGCUUGACCCCGUUUGUCACGCUUUAUCACUGGGAUUUGCCCCUUGAAUUGUUCAAUCGUUAUGGUGGCUGGUUAGCCAAAGACUCAAUCGUACCCGAUUUCACCAGCUACGCCAAGCUCUGUUUCGAACGUUUCGGGGACAGGGUGAAGCACUGGCUUACACUCAAUGAGCCGUGGUGUACAGCGGUCUUGGGUCAUGGCAUUGGACAGUUCGCACCUGGACAUGUUUCGAACACCGAGCCUUGGAUCGUCGGACACAGCCUCAUGAUCGCACAUGCAUCCGCUGCCAAGCUCUACAUCAACGAGUUCAAGCGUGUACAAGGUGGAUCCAUCGGGAUCACCCUGAACGGGGAUUGGACUGAGCCAUUUGACGAAUCGCCAGAGACGCAAAAUGGACUUUGCUCUCGGAUGGUUUGCGGAUCCGAUUUAUCUCGGGAGUUCUACGGAUGCAACACCUAUACGACGAACACAAUCAAAGCGGUACGAACGGACGACGAGUUCGCUGGCUACACCACAAUGGCUUUUGAUACGCCCGAUGGAGGUCUGAUCGGCAAGCGAUCCCAGCUGGGAUGGCUCCGGGAUGUACCUUGGGGAUUCCGAAAGAUAUUGAACUAUUUGUAUCAGCGAUACCAGAAGCCGAUCUAUAUGACGGAGAACGAUCGAUACCCAUCGAGGAGGCAUGACAAAGGGCGUGUUGAGUACUAUGCCGGCUACACGCAAGCACUCAAGGAAGCCGUGGAGAUAGACGGGGUUGAUGUCAGAUCGUAUUUUGGCUGGUCCUUCCUCGACAACUUUGAAUGGGCUUCUGGGCUGGGUCCUCGCUUCGGGAGCGUUUAUGUAGACUACGAGACGUUUGAAAGGACUCCGAAGGACUCGGCUAGAUCGUUGAUGCAGGUGAGUCUGUGGGCAAGCGCUCCAGCUGAUGACCCGCCAGUUUUUCCACGAUAA